UCUUUGGCCCAUCGAUCAUAAGACAAACCCCCUCUUUGCCCUCGACACUCCUUUUAUCGUGCUUCAAUCCAAAAUCGCCACCAGGGGCCCCAAUCUCAUCAUGACUUGUGUAGCCUUGAGCAAGCAUGACAUCAACAUCCUCGAGAAGAUCAAAGACCCUGAGUCAAAUCCCCUCACGGGAAUCGUUCUCGACUCUUCAUUGCCUCGCGACCCAAACAUCACAGACCCUGGUGUGUAUGAGAGGGUAGUUCAAAAAGAGCGAGAAAUUAUCCGGACAAUCCAGAAGAUCGAGGCUCAGCUCAUGAGGCCUGGGCCUGACCAAGGCAAGGAUCUUGCCAUAGAUGGAUAUAAAAAGUGUCUCUCUGCCAUCGAAGACAUCAUUUCUCAGCACCCCGACUAUGCCAGCGCGAGAAAUAAUAGAGUCCAAAUAUUCAGGAGGCUCUAUGGAGACGCCGUGCUCCUCUCCGAAACCCCAGACAAUCCAAUGCCGUUGAUUGAGAAUCUGGAUGCGGCAGAAAAGAAACAAAUAGCGGUAACGGCACUCACGGACAUGGAGACCUCGGUUAAACUCCUCUCACCGCCAUCGUUGGCCAGUCCCAUCUCUCCCCAAGUCGCUCGGACGUUGUCCAUGGCACACACGCAGAGGGCUGCCGUGUAUCUGAAGACGGCCAAGUUGUUAUUACAUCGCUCGUUGGACGUGGAUGACAGCCUGCCAGAAUCAAAGUGGGAGAAGUUGGACUUUGAGGAGGCCGCAUCAAGAGACCUCGCCCUUGGUGGUCGGUAUGGUAACCCAAUUGCGAAGGGGCUCGCUGUCAGUGUCAAUCCCACGGCGAAGCUAUGUGGGCAGAUCGUUCGUGAGGCGAUGAAGAAGGAGUACGGCCCAUCGUUUGGCGAAUAAAUGGAUAGUGUACGGUUGCGUAGAGAAGGAUUACCGGACGCAGUGCCGGCAAAGCAAGGCAAUGAUCGGAAAUCAAUUACUUGUUCGAUCGAUGUAUAUGUCGGCAUUGGACGGCAGGACAUCUAGGCUACGAGGAUUUGGAGGAUAGACCAACACGGCUAGAGACACCAAAAUAUCAGCUAUUUUUUCAGGGUUUUCAAUUCGCCCGCGAGGUUUCCAAUCGACAUACCGUAGGCCGGC